AUGUUGGUCUCCGAAUCUCUACCACCCAAUGUCCGCAGACAAAGAACAAAAACAGGUUGCAUCUCAUGCAGAGAAGCGCGGAAGAAAUGUUGCGAGCGCAAGCCCGAGUGCACACGCUGCUCCCUCAAGGGAUUGACUUGCACAUAUGAAGUUGUGGAGCCAAAGCGGUCGAGGACUACCAAGAGGGCGUCACCAGCAUCGAAGAAGGCUCGGAACAUUUUCGUGGGAAGAGAACUCAAGCCAGAGGAGGGGUUCAUCCACACUUUUGCUGUCACGAAACCAACUCCCAGCCGUCCACCUGAAGAGACCAUUGACCUCACGGUCUCUCCGCAGCUGGACUUAAACUUCUGCAACAUGGAGUUGGACGAGUCAAUGGAGUUGUUCGACACUUUGGGAAACAGCAGCGAGUCAGAAGUUUGUUCAGUCCUCACCAACAGCAUCUUCGACGAUUCAGUAUCAGCCCGAUCCGGCUCCGUCGACCCCAUGUCAUUGUCACUUGAGCUACCCUUCCCAAUGUUCUCCGACCUGACAACAGACUCGCAAAGUCGAAAGCUCUUGCAUCACUUUUGCAGCACCCUGUCACCGCUCAUCGUCUUUGUUGAACAACCGCACAACUCUUUUCAGGACCUCAUCCUACCCCUUGCCUACGACAACUCACCUGUCUUCUAUGCGAUCUGUGCUUUUGCCUGUGGUCACUUGGAGCAUACUGGCGUCUAUGAGUCUAGACACUCGUCCGAGUACAGAGCUUUGGCGGCGAAGGGUGCUUUCGAGUUGGUGCAGUGGAAGUGCCAGCAUAAAGAGGUUCUCGCAACCGUUAUGCUGUUGGCAUAUUAUGAGGCACUCACGUCGUCUAAUACCCCUGACAUGUUCGUCGGACACUUGAAAGCAGCGUUUCUGGUCAUCAGCUCCAUCCCCGAGUCCGAACGAAGUACUGCAGUCUGUUUUCUGGAGAAGGCCUUUCACUACUAUGACGUGAUCUCGUCCUUAUCACUUGGGAUAAGUCCCGUUUCAGCGGUGUCGGUGUCAGACUACACUUACCCGUUAGCAGUCAUGACCUCCUCGAAGCCCAACGACACCACCCAUGCGGAUCCUUUCAUGGGGCUAGUGGGCGACCUGUGGCCAGUAUUGUACCGCCUCAGCAUCGCAAUGUCGCUGAAGGAGGAUCUUGAAGCAGCCGUCGCAGCCAAUCAAGGGACUAAAGCAGCCGUUCUCAGGGUCGAAUACGAGUCAAUAACAAAAUCGACAGAGAAGGCCCUUCAAAGCUGGCAACCAUCCGUUGACCCGAGCAACAUCUUGAUGUCUCUGGAGGAAGAUGGGGACGCUCAGCAUCAGCAUCUCGAGGCCAUGGUUCAUAACGCUCAAGCCUAUCGCCACAGCGCACUGGUCUAUCUACAUCGAGCUGUCUAUGGCUACCCGAUCAGUCAUCCCGAAGUUCAAAAGAACACUCAUUUGUCUCUGGAGAGCUGCAUGGCGGUCAUCGCCUCUGGGGGACCCGCAAACGCGCUCUUGUGGCCUUUAUACGUGGCUGCAUGCGAAGCCGUGACGGAUCAUGAUCAGGGACUAGCGAAAUCAGUGUUUUUGGAGAUUGGAAGAAGGCAAGGGACAGUCGUCGGUGUGGUGUCCUUGGGUCUUCAGGUCUGUUCGGGGAUCACCAAAUACCUCGACGGAAUUAAGGGACACAAGGAUGAAAUCGCCUCAGCUUCUCGCCUGUGCCAGGCUUUGCAAGGAGCAGUGGAUCAGAUACAAGCGAUGCGGAACAACAUUGCCACAGCUUCAAGAGGACAUGACACAGCCAUCGAGCAGGCCAUGAUGGCUGCAAAUGCGGAGCUCGCGGUCUUGCGUACGUUCGUCGAUGACAUAAGGGUGAACGAGGACCCUUCCAAAUCCAUCUCGGAUUGGAUGAAAGACCGCACAAAUCGGGUGACAUACCCGUUCCGACGAGGUCAUCUCGAUCGCUUGGAAAGUCAGCUGUCAGAGGCAAAUAAAGCGUUACAGUCUGCUCUUCAGGUCACUCAGCUCGCGAUAUCUAUCGAGACUGGCAAUAUUUCUCGAUCCAUUGGGGACGAGGUAUUGACAACGAGGACCGAACUCAAUACCAAGCUCGAUAAUGUACAGCAGGUUUCAAACGAAGACCACCGCACAAUAGGAAAGCUGUCCGAUGACUUUUCACAAUUGAGCCUAUCUCUUGGGCCAUUCGUUCUGCAUGCACAGCGGCACAUGGAGGCGUCUUCCGUUCAGCUCACUCGUGUAGAGAGCCGAAUUGAAGAGGUUGUUUCUGCGCUUGUUUCUUCCGACUCACAAAUCGUCUUGCGGCGGGUUUUGACGAAGCCAGAUGCCCUUCGUCUGGCUUGUAGGGAAGCUGGUAUCGACCAUCAAUCGUCAGCUGUCGAUGUCACCCACGACGAAUAA